AUGAAGACAACCGCUCUCCUCGCAGCCGGUGCGCUGCUUGGCUCCGCCUCGGCCGGAGUCCACAAGAUGAAGCUCAAGAAGGUGCCUCUAUCAGAGCAGCUUGAGCACGCAAACUUCCACGACCAGGUCCGCGCGCUUGGCCAGAAGUACAUGGGCAUUCGCCCGCAAGGCCACCGCGAUGAGAUGUUCAAGGACGCCUCGGUUCAUCCAGAUGGCAACCACCCAGUGCCCGUGAGCAACUUCUUGAACGCCCAAUACUUCUCCGAGAUCGCCAUUGGCACACCUCCGCAGGACUUCAAGGUCGUUCUCGACACUGGAAGCUCCAACCUUUGGGUUCCAUCAACGGAAUGUGGCUCCAUCGCCUGCUACCUCCACAGCAAGUAUGACUCGAGCGCCUCGUCCACCUACAAGAAGAACGGCACCAAGUUCGAAAUCCGAUAUGGCUCUGGCAGCUUGAGCGGUUUCGUGUCCCAGGACACCGUCCAGAUUGGCGACCUCAAGAUCAAGCACCAGGACUUCGCCGAGGCUACCUCCGAGCCCGGUCUUGCCUUCGCCUUCGGCCGCUUCGACGGCAUCAUGGGUCUCGGCUACGACACCAUCAGUGUUAACAAGAUUGUCCCCCCCUUCUACAACAUGCUCGACCAGGGUCUCUUGGACGAGCCGGUUUUCGCCUUCUAUCUCAGCGAUACCAACGACAAGGGGGCCGAGUCCGAGGCCAUCUUCGGCGGUGUGAACAAGGACCAUUACACCGGCAAGAUGACCAAGAUUCCCCUCCGCCGCAAGGCAUACUGGGAGGUCGACCUCGAUGCCAUCACUUUCGGCGAUGCCACCGCUGAGCUCGACAACACCGGCGUGAUCCUCGACACCGGCACCUCGCUCAUCGCUCUCCCCUCCACUCUUGCUGAGCUCCUGAACAAGGAGAUCGGCGCAAAGAAGUCCUACAACGGCCAAUACACCGUCGACUGCAACAAGCGCGACUCCCUCCCUGACCUGACCUUCACCCUCACUGGCUACAACUUCACCAUCGGCCCGUACGACUACAUCCUCGAGGUCCAGGGCUCCUGCAUCUCAUCGUUCUUCGGCAUGGACUUCCCGGAGCCUGCUGGCCCGCUCGCCAUCCUCGGUGAUGCGUUCUUGAGGAGGUGGUACUCCGUCUACGACCUUGGCAACAACGCUGUUGGUCUUGCUAAGGCUAAGGCGUAA